AUAAAGUAUUCAGGGCACUCAAUGCACUGAAAAAGAUGUUCCACUAACUAGAGCCAUGUUUUAAGCAACUCCAUCUCCUUGUUUGGUCUUAAUUCUCCUCUGUCUCACUCUUUCACCCUUAAUUGAACUCGAGUGUUGUAUCUGGAAAAUGGGUUCUGGGAGGAAAGGUAAGCCAGCAGCUGUGAUUGAGCAGGACAGUGUUUUUGCAAGUGUUCCUUCUAGAGCUGAAGUGGAAAAGGCCAUUUCUGAGCUUCAGAGUUUUUUAGAUGGGGAUGUCGGUAGUUCUCCCAAAUCAUCAGAACGCAAUCGGCUGAUUCAAAUGCUAAACAAUGACGAAGUCACCAAGUCCCCGGGAUAUCGACGAGUUCAAGAGGCUUAUCAUCUUCUGAAAACAGAUUCCACAGUUCGGAAAGUUGUGAUGUCCAUAUCAUCAGAUAAAGCAGUGUGGAAUGCUGUUUUGAGCAACAAGGCAGUAAAGGAUCUGAGAGGGUCACUGAAACAAGCUCAAAUUUCUGAUGAAGAACUAGACUGGGCAGCUACCAUUCUACAGUGGAUUUUUAAGAUAGCAAUGUCAUUUUUUACUGAAAUGAUGGCGAAACUCGGACUCCUUAUUGGUGAAAUGUUUCAGAAAGCCAAGGCAGAAAAUCUCAACUCAGAAGUUAUAAAGAAUUUUGACGGAAGACUUGAAACUCUAUUGCUACUCUCAGUAGUGAUACUUAUAAUUGUCGUGGUCGCUAGAAGCCACGAGGGGACUCCUGAUGAUUGACUGUACCAUUUCGCAACAACAUCUAAAAUAUAAUCCUCAGCUCAGUAUGUAAUGCUUAUGUAUGACUUUGGAAAAACCUUGGUCACCAUAUGUUGAAUAUGUAUUUGAUUUUCAGAUCUCAUCCCAACUUUGUGACAAAAUAUAGGUAAUAUGCAUGUAUUUGGGCUGCUGGGAUCAAGAAUUUCUUCAAUUGGAAAGCAAAGGCAUUUUAAAUGCUUAAUACUUGUGGAAA